AUAACUUCAACAGCAAGUUUUCGAGCGCGCGUGGCAGAAUGUUGAUGCCAUUCGAAUCAAAAAAUAAAAUGUAUAAAGUUUUUAAAUCGUUACUGACACUAUUGCUGCUACAAGCUUUUAAAGGUAGCGCACAUGCCAAGCCAACAGUGCCGCAAUACAGCAAUGCAACGCUGCAACUGUCGCGUGGCAUACAAAUGUCCGCAUAUAUGAAAGUGAAUGCAAAUCCAUGUGAAGACUUCUAUCAUUGGGCAUGUGGCAACUGGGCGUACAACCAUCCAGCAGGGACAGACAAACCGAAAACUUCAUUUAUUGGACUUUUAGAGGAUUUGUACGUAAGCAAAUGUGCGGCUGCACUGCAGGACUCCCUAGAGGAAAAUGACAGCAACAGCAAUGGAGCAGAUAAAUACCUAAAUCAUUUACUACAAACCGUUUUCGAUUCCUGCACCGAUACUAUGACCAUCAAAGACGUAGGCUUUGCGUCCAUAUGGGAUGAGCUAGACUUCCGUACAGGCUGGCCGCUUAUAAUGGAUAACGAGUGGUUCGAAAACGAAUAUGAUUGGCUAAAGCUGGUGGUGUUGGCAAAAAGAAAAUUCAAUGUGGAUGUGUUCAUAGCCUUCGGGGUUGUGAGAGAUCUGCAAUAUCCCGACAAAAGUCGCAUACAAUUCGGUGCACCAGUUUUGCCAUCGGACGACCGUGAACAGUAUGAGCAGCACAUAGUUGAGAAAUUGCGAAAAUUCUUUCCCGAAAUGAGCCAUGCUUGGUCUGAGGAAUUCGCCUCACAGGUGCUACAGGUCGAGGCGCAAUUGGGCAAAGCUUUACCAAACACAACGAAUGACCUAACACCGCUCGACCGUUAUGUGGCAGAGCUGAAGGUCUCUUACGGUAGCUUUGUAGACUUGGGUCGAUAUCUACAAUUAAUGUUUGAUCGACCGGUUAACGAGAAGGUGUACGAAACGCCCAAGGGUUAUUUCAGAAACCUGGUGGAGGUCAUCAGACUCACACCCAAACUAACGCUGGCCAAUUAUACGUUAUGGAAAGUUUUGGAUCAGUUUGAUUUGGGCGGUAGCAAGGAGUAUUGCGCGCGUAGGCUCAUACACUUUUUCCCAUACGAAAUGGAAUAUUUCUUCAAACGCAACUACGAGGACACCGAACUUUUCCAGGGGGUGCAGACAAUUUUCCACAAUAUCAAAUAUAAUCUCUACGAUGAGUUGCAAACCUCACCGCGUUUUAGUUGGAUAUCACCGAAAACUUUGCUAAACUUGCGUGAGAAAUUGCGUUCUAUGCGCUUGGAAGCGCUACAGCCACAAGAGCACAUUGGUUUCUUCCAAGGCGGCAUAAAACCCGGCGAGAUGCAAGCCGAUCGGUACAUUAGUAAUAUAAUCAACAUACUGGAAUGGCAAAAUGAGAAAGAGCUGCUCAAACUACAUCAAGCCGCAGCGUUGCUCAACGUGCCGCAAGCCACACCGACUUACGUACAGAAAUUGUUGCCCGCCUACAAUGCACAAACGAAUACCAUACAAUUGCCUGUGGUCUUUCUGCAAAGCCGCUUCUUCUGGGAUCCCACCUAUCCAGCGGCUAUCAAGUAUGGCACUUUCAGCUUCCUCUUAGCGCAACAAAUCGUACGCGGCCUCAGUGAAUACGCCAGCGAUGCCACCGAGCGCAAAGUGUGGGAUAUACCAUCCGAAUUGGCAUUUGUAAAACGCUCCAGUUGUUAUGCCAAACAAACGCAUUAUGCGACGAGGGAGUUGUAUGGUAGAAACAUAACCGAUCGUGAGCGUUUGAAGACAGCCCUUAUGGAUAAUGGUGGCCUCUCCAUUGCUUACCGCUUGUAUGAGAAGUGGUCCCGUGGCAAGAGUGAACUUGAUAUCGAUGUGUUACCCCGUCUGCCCGCUACGCAUAUGCAGCAGUUUUUCCUCUCUUACGCGCAGCUCUUUUGUGUGGAUUAUACCGCUCACUUGGCAGAGUUUAAGGAACUGCCAGAGAUGUUGAGAGUCAAUGGUGCUGUGGCGAAUUUGAAAGAGUUUGCAAAUGUGUUUAAAUGUCCUGAUGAGAGUCAGCAGAAACAGGAAGAGCAGUGCGUCAUUUUUUAGUUCCGAAUAUCACUUAAGUAUAAUUUUAAGUUUUCAUGCUUUAGAGUUUUAGCUUAAUUAAA